UGGCGGCGGCGGCGGGGCGGGUGCGGGGAUGGAGGGUGGCGAAGCGGGCGGCGGUGGGCUCCUGCAGCAGAUUCUCAGCCUUCGUCUCGUGCCCCGCGUGGGCAAUGGCACCACCACCUACUCCAGCCCACUCUCGACCUUCCCAGAGAUGUGGUACGGCGUCUUCUUGUGGGCACUCGUGUCCUCCCUUGCCUUCCACGUCCCGGCCGCGUUGCUUGCCCUCUUCACGCUCCGACACCACAAGUACGGCAGGUUCAUGUCCGUGAGCGUGCUGCUGAUGGGCAUCGUGGGACCCAUCACCGCCGGCACCCUCACAAGUGCUGCCAUUGCUGGAGUUUACAGAGCUGCAGGGAAAAAAAUGAUUCCCUUUGAGGCCCUCAUUUUUGGCGUGGGCCAGACGUUCUGCGUGGUGGUAGUUUCAUUCCUGCGCAUUCUGGCCACUCUAUAGCUCCUCUGGAGAGGCUGGAGAACACAAACCAGAGGGGGAGCGAAGGACCUGCUGCCUCAGAACAAAUCACAGGGAGCACGGCUCCAUCCAUGUGCUUCUUCCACUGAUUGAAGGAAUUGGGAGGGCUUGCUCCUGCCUCCAGCCUGGCUUGAAAUUUUAAAAUUGUGAAUUUUGUUACUUUUUGGUAACAUUAAGUGCCAAGCGAAACUUUAUUUCUCUGGAGGGUAGGAAAAUGACUUCCAGAGGAGGAGACCUAGGUACCUUUCACCGCUGAUGAAUUGUGGUAACGGGACAUGACUAAGAUGUGACACCAGCUGUGCUGGAGUAGGAACAGGAACAGAGACAUCAUGUCCUCAGAGCUCACUCACCGCUUUGACCUGUUGUUGCUUGGUUUUCAGUGAACCUGAAGCUCUUUUAAUGUCAGUUUUUAAAAUUAAAAAAAUAAUUUGUUUUCUUCCUGGCCCAAACUUCUUAAUAGCAGAUCAUAGCCAUAGUGGAUUUGGUAGCAGCAAAAGGAAGACUCAUUUCAGGUGGAUGAGAGUGCAUAUUUGUGUCUAGGAGUUUGGGCUGUCAGUGCUGUGCAGGGGAAAUGACUGGUGUAAAAAAGAUAGCUGUUUUUGUGAAUUUUAUUACAGCAAAGCCCUUCUGGCCCUAUGAACGUUCUGCCCAGAGACAAAGCACAGUGGAAUGGGUGCUCCAGAAAUCCCAGGGUGUGCAGGUGGGCGUGCACAGCUUCUCCUCAGGCUUUGGAGGAGACUCGUGUUUUCAAACGUCCCCAUUCUCCUUUGACUUGAUGGUGAUGAUGCUGUUCAUGUUGGUGUGGUGCAGCUGGGUGUCUGCACUGCUCUGGAAAUGGCACUGGCCAGCUUGGAUAAAAUCCCUCAUGCUGCUGCUGGGAGCUGCAUGGCCAGGCUAGGUUGUGACCCGGGACAUCCCCGGUGCGGGGAGUGUGCCGUGUUGUCAGCAUCCAGCCAACAGCAUGCCAGAGGUUGGGAGAGCUGCAAGGCUCCUGGCAGGAGCCUGGGGGAUUCCUGUGUCCAUGUGAACACAGCCCCAAACCAACCUUUAUCCACAGGCAGUACUGUCUCAUUAAUUGUUUUCGUUUGUUUUGGUUUUAAGUGACUUUUAACUAAUUGAUAGCUCUGCACUUGUGCCCGGAGUUGUGCCACAUGGUUGGGGCACUUGAGCAGCUAACUGGGUGCUUCCCGGGGCUUGGUUCUUUGGGGAAGCUGAGGUUGAAUUCCGGGGAUGUGACUGGGCAGUGUAGCCACCCCUAGGAGUUUGCUGUGGUCCGUGUUUGUACCCAGCUCACACCAUGUGAGCUGCAGAGGGAAAGUGCUGUCUGUGUCCAGCCUUUCAGGGGACAGCUCCCAUCUGUGUCUUCAUUGAAUUCCUCUAGUUUCCAAAUCAACUCCUUUUGUACCUGCAGCAUUUCCUAGGGCCAUUUAUCUGCCGUGAGCCCACGUCCUCAGUGCUGAAAUGACUGGGCAUGGCACUUAGUGCCAUGGUCUAGAUGAUGAGGUGGUGAUCAGUCAAAGGUUGCACUCGAUCUUAGAGGGCUUUUCUAAACUAAAUUGAUUCUGUGAUCCUUCAACAGGGCACUGUGUUUAUCAUAGAAAAGGGUUUCUCUAUGCAUGGUGAGAGGAGCUACUUACUGAGAUUACUCUAAAUUUUAGCCCAUAUUAAUUCAGGGAAUAUAGAUGCACAGUUUAGGAAAUAAUUUAAUGUGAAUCCUUCUCCUUAGGUGGGUGAGGUCCAAGUGAUGUAACAUAUACUAAAUCCAGGAUCUGUGGAGGGCCCUGUGUGCUCUGCUGCUUGGAGAGAGCCAGUCUUCCUGCCAGGGCAGAAACAAUGAAAAAGAAGGAAUAAGCUUGCUUUCUUUUCCCCCUUCCCACUUUGUAUUUCAGCAUGUGUACAGAGUGCACAGUUUAGUUUACAGGAAUUAUCCUGUGUUUUCCUGGAUGGAUUAAAAGUAUCACAUGGAAUUUGGAUGGGGUGGGUCUGGUUUUACCUUUCAGGUGACAUCAGAAACCCAUGUCCUGAGCACCUGCUGUGCUCUCCUUUACCCUGCCCUGGUGCCUGGCACUGCUCAAUAGCCAUUAAGCUGAUUGCAACUGAGAAAGCACUUUAUCCAUGUGCCCCAUGCUACAGCACAAGGAGGUUUCCUUGCAGAAACAGGGCUGACCAGGUGCAGGACACAAAUGGGGCUGUUACAGAGCUCAGAACAAGUGAAAAAUUGCUCGGUAAAAUCACUCAGUGGUGGGUGAACUGAAAAGCUCCUGUUUUCUGUCCCUCGGGAUCUCCCAGAAUCUGUUUUGAGGGUUUCUGGUUUACUUGAAGAGUUGGCAGCUUAACCGUGUUUGGAGCUGGCAGUGUCUCUCUAUGCCUGGAUGCUGUGAAAUUUUCAGGGAAUUCUUGCAUAAGAGGUGAACAAUCAGCUGGUUUGUCUUGAUAGAUAUUAGCACAGGGGGCAAGUUCUUUGUGUCACCUUGGUGCCCCCAGAGCAUCCUCCACUCCGCUGGCUGCUGCUGGCAACCUCCCUCUCCAGUAAAACCAGAGCUGAACAGGAAGGAGGAAUAGCAUUGAGUUGAAGCACCAGAUGGCAGUUGAAGCACUGGUGGCAGUUUUCUCCCCUCAUUGGUUUGGCCUUCCAUUUCCAUUCCUUUAUUCCAAGUGAGGCACGUGGAGGAGUCCCUUGAGUUUUCAGGAGGUAUUGGUAGACUUUGCUCAGUCAGACUUGCCAAAAACUGCAGAGCCGGCAAAAACAUCAACACCGAGGUGUCUUGAGCUCUGCGGUGCUGUGAGCCUCUGCUGGGGAGCCCAGCCAGUGCACUGGGUAAGGAAACACCUUCUGGAGAAGCUGCCUGCCCUGGAGGCACACCUGCUUAUGCUGAGGCUCAUGGUCCUGCUCCCUGUGUGUCACAUCCCCCCUGCUCCCACCUGGCUUCCUCUCGCUCACAGCUGCGGCUGUCAUGAACAAAUCUUUGUAUGAUUGAAAAUUCUGUACAUUUUAUUUUUCUACUGACACUUCUAAUCCUGGUGGUGAUUAUCAGUAAAUUCUGUAACUCUUGAGGUGAA